CCCCAACUCCAAAGAUUCGCGGCGACUAGCAACCCGAAGCGCACAAUAACAAUAUUACCUUGGUCUUACCGGAGAAUCGGCCCUGUCUCUAGUAGCACAGGUAUGACAGCACACGGACGAAACGACGCCAUCGGUGAACCAUCCGCGUCUCGCGCUUCUGCAUUACCAGAGACCACGCAGCAGCAGGGCCUUUCGAAGCUACUACCGAACACAAGUCUUUUCAACUACACAGCACUUAAGGAGGCAGAGAACUGCAUCCGAUUAGUACGCAUCAAUCCCGUCAGCAACGACGAUGACCUUGUUCGCUGCUAUCUGAGGAAUAUCACCUUUGGUGAGAGACCGCAAUAUGAGGCUCUGUCAUACAUGUGGGGCGACGAUACAGUCAAGCAACACAUCCUGCUCAACGAUGCGACCUUCGACGUCAGCGCGAAUCUUUCGGACGCGCUGCACUGGCUGCGUCAGCAAGGAAAGAAGGGCUGGUUGUGGAUCAAUGCCGUAUGUACGUGCAAAGUAAAAUGCAAUGUCGGAGUUGACGUUAGUAAGCAGUUAACUUAUCUGGUUCAACCAAGAUACCGGCUCUUUGUGAUAUCACCGUUUUGUUACACGGAGGCAAACAUGUAGGAAGCAUAUCUGGCCCAGGUUUUACCCUGAGUGUGUCCCUGCCUCAUUUAGAGAAAGGCAGAGGCACUCACAGAAUAUUCCGUUCUAUAGAGAACAGGAACGGGGAAUGCCUGCCCCGUGUAUGGAGUCACCUAUCGCAGCUCAUGUUGCCGCCUCCUGGAGGAGCAGGGUGGGCUCAGAUACGGAUGCUAGCCUGCAGGGGAAGCUGCGACGUCAAGAGCCUUUUCUAACGUCAGGCUUCACGUGCGCGCAGCGAGGCGGCGAGCAAAGGAAACCGGACACCUCGCGGCCAUUUCUCCACUGGAGCUGUCCUGUUUAUUGUGCCCACCGCUUCGCGCAGUUGGGGAUUCUCGUGUAGAAGAGCACGUCCCCCGGCGCCCCGUGCGUGUCGCGACGGGUCUUGGCAAGGCCACGCUCCGGAGGCGGCACGUUCCAUUGAGGUGGGCCGGAAUACUGGUCAUGUAUUGUCCGCCCCCCCCCCCCCCCC